ACCAGAUUUCAGAACGAGACAGAGCAAUUAAACCCAUCUCUUAAACGUAAAGAGUAGAAAUGCUGAUGCAGUGCUGCAGUAAACUUGCAUGAGGCCCACAAGAAGAUGAAGAUGAGAGCUCAAAGAUUUACCCAGCAAAGAAUCUUAUAGAGGAAUCACAAGACGCUAUCCCCAGUUCCCCACACCCUUUUUCUCCUGACAUAAAUCCAGAAAACAAAGUGAACUCCAGCCAAAAGUUUGCUCUUUUCCCAUAUCUCCUCUACCUUUUACCCACCUUUGCUUUUACUCAUAGCCUCUCUUUUUCCCUUUCUCUGUGAUUCUGUAUAUUCCCUCACACCAUGCCCUGAAAGGUUUCAAGAAUCAGGAGAAUGAGCUUCAGCCCAGCUGUGAAAGGACCAAAAAUGGUUCUGGAAUUCAAAGAGGCGUCUGGGUUCUGAGAAAGGCUUUGUUUUUUCUUCUGGGUUUUUGUUAAUUUUCACUCUUUUCUUGGAUUGCAAGUCUGGGCUUCACCGCCGGCAUUUCUGGUCCACCGACAGCUAUUUCUGAGGCCAUUAAGGGUUUCUUUCUGCACUGCAAUUUUGAGUUGUCUGAGUUAGAUGGUGGAAGAUAACAAUAACUAUUUCCUGUCUUUUUGCCCAUUGUUUGUGGUUCUUAUUUCUCCAGAGUUUAUGAGAGAUAGUUGAAUAGGAAACAAGUAAAACAUGGUUUGAAAAGUUAAAUUCUUUGGUGAUGGAGGGCUUGUGUUGGAAGGUUCUCUGUUAUGUUCCUUGGCUUGUAUCUUCACAUGCAUCCUCAAUGUGGUUUCGCUAUUCAAAACUUUGAAAUUGGGUAAUCCGUGAUCUGUAAUCAGUACGGCGCUUUGUCCUUUAGAAGAGUUCCAGCUUUGUUGUCAUCCAUUUUCUUCAGGUCCAAUCAUGAAAUCACUUGAUUGUAUACUGAGGAACCUGUCUUGCAUUCUAAAAGUUGUAAUCUUUGAGGCUAGAAUAGACAGAUAGUUUGCGGUUACAUCUGUGCAGCUCAUGGAGUGCCGCUCUGAGAAAGGCUCGAGUGGUCAGCAGACGAUGAACGGGAUAGAUGGUGGACGUACAUCAAAGCAAAGUUCAAAGUUUGGAGAUAGGCUGACGUUUGAGAAGCCCGAAGUUUCUAAUUUCAAUCGUGGUGCGUUAGAAAAUGUGGAUAUGGUUCCACCGAAACCUGCCAAGUUAAGCCAGAAGAAACGAGGUGAAAAGAAGGCAAGUGAUGAUGACGAGGUUGUUAGAUACAUGUCGAGUUUGCCAAGUUAUCUGCAAAGAGGAAAAAACCUGCAGGAGAAGGCUUUUAAUGUUGGGGUUCUUGAUUGGAGGCAUCUAGAGAGAUGGCAAAGUAAACACAAGCAAAUUCCUUCUAGCACUAGUGGAUUUUCACCGUCCAGCAGCAAUACGUCUUCGUUCUCCUCAACCGAAGAGUCAUCAUCCAAUUCUAGUAGCGGGCAUAGCUGCUCUCCUUCGAAUCACAGGAUGCAUCACCCUACACUGCAAUCUCAUCUAUUUUCCACUCAACACUCCUCUGAAACUGGUGAAAAGUUGCGGGACCUAAAACCUUGCCAAGCUAAACCCUUGAAAGUGCAACAAAGUGUCCCGAGUACACUUCAUGAUUCGGUUGAGAAAGUAGAGGAAUUGAGUAAACAUUCAGAGUGCCAUCAUGCUACUAAGACUAGGAAGUCACAAGAUAUAAAGGUUGAUAUCUCGAUAUCCAAAUCGAAGGGAAAGAUGAUGAUUCUAGACGGGGAACCUAUUAUGAAGGUAGACGAUAAGUUGUGUAGCUCACAAUGCAAUGCUGAUCCCGACUGCAAUACAGCAGCUGGCCUCCAUGUGUCUAAAGAUGCACAACGGUAUAGUUGUAGUUUAACGUCCAGCACAACUGAUUCAGCCAGGAAAAUAGAAGCAACCAGAAGAAGCUUUUCAAAUGGUAUUAAACUAUCAUCAAAACCAAAUGAACCUUCAAUCAGUCCCGGCAAAAGGUCAUCUACUCCUCCCAAAAGCUGGAACCUGCAGGGGAGGUCAGCUGGCGUGCUGCAAAAUCCAGCUAAGGUCAUAUCUUCUCGUGGAUCAAAUCCAAAAGAAGAAACUUUAGAACCUACUGCCAGAAGUCCUUCUCCAACUCGUUGGUUUGGCAUUGCGAUGGGUAGGAUAGACCGGACCAGUAAUGCUAAAGGCACUUCAACUAUGCUUCCCGGUGCCAAGCACCAAGUGAGGGCUGAGGCUUGCGCUUCCUCUGUUCCAUCAACUUCCGACAAAGCAGAUGCCAAAAAUAGGGCAGCAUCUACUCCGUUGAGAAGGUUGCUGGAGCCAUUGCUGAAGCCAAAGACAGGCAGUUCUGACAAUUUUGCUGGAUCAUUGCAGGGAGAUUCAACAUCUAGAGAUAAGCGUUCCAAAUCAGCCCCUAGGCGAGGAGAAUCUCUUACUCCAUACAUGAUGAAAGUAAAAUUAGAUUUAAAAGGAUGUAAAACAAUUGAAAUUGGUGAUCCAUCUCCUGCUGGGAGACAUGGACCCUCCACAAUGCGAGCUCUUCUGCAAGUAGCUAUCAAGAAUAGUGUUCCUCUAUAUAAAUUUGCAGCUGAGAAUGAAGGUAACGUUAUAGCAGCCACAAUGAAGCAGUCGACUUCAUCCACAAAGGAGAAGCACAAUUUGAUCUACACAUUCUUUACCAUCCAUGAAAUGAAGAAAAAGGAUAGAAGUCAUGGAUAUAUUCCUAGUGUCAUUGCACAAAUGAAGGUUUCUGAUGUUCCAUUCCCAGAUGUUAUUGGCCAGAAGUCAGGCUAUCAAUCAAUCAUUAGAGAGUUUGUGUUGUUUACCACGGGAGUAAAACAGGCAGGUCAGCAAACUGCAGACCCGCAGCUGACUGAUGAUGAGCUUGCAGCCAUUGUUGUAAAAUUUUCCCACAAGGGCACUGCAGAAGUUGGAGUGUGUUCUGAGACCCAAGACGUUAACAUGAACGUUAUUCUUCCCGGUGGUAAUCAUGGACUACCCAGAAAAGGUGAACCUUCUUCACUCAUUGAAAGAUGGAAAUCAGGUGGGUCGUGUGACUGUGGGGGUUGGGAUUUGGGUUGUAAACUAAGAAUCCUUGCCAAUCACAAUGGAAUGAGCAGGGAAUCCAGUUCAACUAAAGUUUCAUCAAAUGCUGAACAGUUUGAGCUUUAUCCUCAGGGAGAAGAUCAAGAAAAUAAGUCUGCCCUCAGGCUGAGUCCUUUCAAGGAUGGUAUCUUUUCUGUGGAGUACACCUCAUCUCUCAAAAUCUUACAAGCAUUUUCCAUUUGCCUGGCUGUUUUAAAUACUAGAAGAGAUGAAUUUUGCGAAUCCGCCAAUGCAUUUGGGGAGGAUUCUUCUCGACCCACCAUGGUGUCAAAUGUUUCUGACAGAGCCCAGGCGGAGUUUCCUGCCAAGCCCGUCUCAAUUCCACCACUUUCCCCUGUUGGAAGAGUCUAGAUUGAAUGCUUCAUAGUAAGUAGACGGGAUCUAAAUCAAGUCUGUAUAGUGUUUUGAUUUUUAUUAUCAUGAGUUUAAGAUCUUAGACCUAGCAAACAAAGGGUCAUGAAAAGCCAAAAUGGCUCAAAGUAACAAAGUUGAAGCUGUUUAUAGGAGAGCACAACUCAUGUUAGUAGUAGAGUUUCAUGUUAGUAGAGUUGAAAGAAGCAUUAUCAUGUGAUUGGCAUCUGAGGUGGAACAACCUAUUUUAUGAAUGCAUUUGGUGUUAGCUGCUGCAGA